GGCGUUUCCAAGUGGCGGCGGCAGAGUCUGUUUCCGGUAGCGUUGGUAAAUCUAUAGCAAGGCCUUGACCAACCACCGUUCUGCACUGAGAUUCUGUAGGACUCAGCGGGCAGGUAUGGCGGCGGCUUUUCGCAAGGCGGCCAAGUCCCGGCAGCGAGAACACCGAGAGCGAAGCCAGCCUGGCUUUCGAAAACAUCUGGGCCUGUUGGAGAAAAAGAAAGAUUACAAACUUCGUGCAGAUGACUAUCAUAAAAAACAAGAAUUCCUCAAAGCUCUUCGAAAGAAAGCUCUUGAAAAAAAUCCAGAUGAAUUCUACUAUAAAAUGACACGGGUUAAGCUCCAGGAUGGAGUUCAUGUUAUUAAGGACACUAAAGAAGAAGUAACUCCAGAACAGCUAAAGCUAAUGAGAACUCAGGAUGUCAAAUAUAUAGAAAUGAAAAGAAUUGCAGAAGCUAAGAAAAUUGAAAGACUAAAAUCAGAGCUCCAUCUGCUGGAUUUCCAGGGAAAGCAACAGGGAAAGCAUGUGUUCUUUUUUGACACCAAAAAAGAAGUUGAACAGUUUGAUAUUGCCACUCACCUGCAGACAGCCCCGGAACUCGUUGGCAGAGUCUUUAACAGACCCAAGAUAGAGACCUUGCAGAAGGAAAAAGUGAAAGGAGUUACCCGUCAGACUCGACUUAAGCGGAUAGCUAAAGAAAGACAAAAGCAGUAUAACUGCCUGACACAGCGGAUUGAACGAGAGAAGAAAUUGUUCGUUAUUGCACAGAAAAUUCAAACACGCAAAGAUCUUAUGGAUAAAACUCAGAAGGUGAAGGUAAAGAAAGAAACUGUGAAUGCCCCAGCCAUUUAUAAGUUUGAGAGUCGUCGGAAACGCUGAAAUGUUACAGAUAAACCUUAUCUUUUGCAUCAAAAAUAGUUCAAUUGUUGGUAGUAACUUCAAAUUGCUUUAGUUCAAAUGGCCUGGCUUUCCUGUUUACAACCAUGAUUUAUUAUUGAUCUGAUGCCUUUCUGUGAGCAACAUGAAAGCCUUUUCCCCCCGUCAUUGAUUUUGGUUUGUGAAAUGAGUCUUACUUUUUAUACAGUACUUACAUUUUUUUUUUUUAACUAUGAAAGUUAUCUCAUUACAAUAAAGUAGAAAAUAGAUGAAUUGGGGCUGGGGAUUUAGCUCAGUGGCAUAAGCGCCUGCCUUGCAAGCAGGCAGUCGUGAGUUCGAUCCCCGGUACCGAUAAAAAAAGAAAAAGACAAAAAAAAAAAAUUAAAAAAAAAAAAAAAAAGAAAACAGAUGAAUUUAUUUCUAACUUCAGUACUUGUUCAAGAACAACAAAUACUGGGUACUGGGAACAACAGUAAGAAUUCUGGUUUACUUUCUUCAUUUUAUAAAGUAUAUUCAUUUUUAUUUAUAUUUUUUGUGUUUUAUAGCUAUAAUUUUAAUAAACAAUCUUAUACCCCAAUUUUUAAUUAAAUCAUUUCUGUUAUAUCACUGAAUUUUUCAAAAGUAAUAUAAUAAAAGUUAAAAUACUCA